UCCAUCAGGACCUGGGCUUUUCUUUGUUGUCUUGCAUUGCAUCCUGAACGAGUAUUGGUAGCAACAGGACAAGUUGGGAAAGAACCUUUUAUCUGUGUCUGGGAUUCAUACACUGUGCAGACUAUAUCAGUUCUAAAGGAUGUUCAUACACAUGGUAUAGCUUGCUUAGCAUUCGACUUAGAUGGACAGCGCUUGGUUUCUGUUGGACUGGAUUCAAAGAAUGCAGUUUGUGUUUGGGACUGGAAAAGGGGGAAAGUGUUGUCUAUGGCUCCUGGUCACACAGAUCGAAUAUUUGAUAUUUCUUGGGAUUUGUACCAGCCAAAUAAACUUGUCAGCUGUGGUGUAAAACAUAUCAAGUUUUGGAGUUUAUGUGGAAAUGCUCUGACCCCAAAACGAGGGGUUUUUGGUAAAACAGGUGACCUUCAGACAAUAUUGUGCUUAGCCUGCGCUCGAGAUGAGUUAACAUAUUCUGGUGCACUCAAUGGAGAUAUAUAUGUCUGGAAGGGGGUCAAUCUUGUACGAACAAUUCAAGGAGCCCAUACUGCAGGAAUUUUUAGCAUGAAUGCUUGUGAAGAAGGCUUUGCUACUGGUGGCAGAGAUGGCUGUAUUCGUCUUUGGGAUUUAACUUUUAAACCAAUUACUGUGAUUGAUCUCAGGGAAACAGAUCAGGGAUACAAAGGUUUGUCUGUGAGGAGUGUUUGUUGGCGAGGUGACCACAUUUUAGUUGGAACGCAGGAUAGUGAAAUUUUUGAAAUUGUGGUACAUGAAAGAAAUAAACCUUUCCUAAUUAUGCAAGGACACUGUGAAGGUGAACUUUGGGCACUUGCUGUCCAUCCCAAUAAACCUUUGGCUGUGACAGGAAGUGAUGAUCGUUCAGUCAGGAUUUGGAGCUUAGUAGAUCAUGCACUAAUCGCAAGAUGUAAUAUGGAAGAACCAAUUCGUUGUGCAGCUGUAAAUGUAGAUGGGAUCCAUCUUGCGCUGGGAAUGAAGGACGGUUCAUUCACUGUACUUAGAGUAAGAGAUAUGACAGAAGUUGUACAUAUUAAAGAUAGGAAAGAAGCAAUUCACGAGUUAAAAUAUUCCCCAGAUGGAACUUACCUGGCUGUUGGCUGCAAUGACAGCUCGGUUGAUAUUUAUGGAGUUGCUCAGCGUUACAAAAAAGUUGGCGAGUGUGUUGGGUCACUUAGUUUCAUCACUCACCUGGACUGGUCCUCAGACAGUAGAUAUUUACAGACAAAUGAUGGAAAUGGGAAAAGGCUUUUUUAUAGGAUGCCAGGAGGAAAAGAAGUGACAAAUAAAGAAGAAAUAAAAAGUGUUCAUUGGGCUUCAUGGACAUGUGUUUCAGGCCUUGAAGUAAAUGGAAUUUGGCCCAAGUACUCAGAUAUCAACGAUAUAAAUUCAGUAGAUGGGAAUUCUGUUGGCCAAGUUUUAGUUACAGCUGAUGACUAUGGAAUUAUAAAAUUAUUCCGAUAUCCAUGUUUAAGAAAAGGGGCCAAGUUCAAAAAAUAUUUUGGCCACUCAGCUCAUGUAACUAAUGUCAGAUGGUCACAUGAUUAUCAGUGGGUCAUUUCUAUUGGUGGAGCAGAUCACUCUGUCUUUCAGUGGAAAUUUAUUCCUGAAAGAAAACUAAAAGAUGCGCUUCACAUAGCACCCCAAGAAAGUCUGGCUGACUCCAACAGUGAUGAAUCAGAUUCAGAUAUGUCUGAUGUUCCAGAACUGGAUUCUGAAAUUGAACAAGAGACACAGCUCACCUACCAUCGGCAGGUUUACAAAGAAGAUCUACCUCAGCUUAAAGAACAAUGCAAAGAGAAACAAAAAAGUGCUACUUCUAAAAGAAGAGAACGGGCUCCAGGAAAUAGUAUUCGAUUACACUUUGUUCACGGUUACAGAGGUUAUGACUGUCGAAGUAAUCUGUUCUAUACUCAAAUUGGUGAAAUUGUGUACCACGUGGCAGCAGUCGGUGUCAUUUAUAAUCGGCAACAGAACACACAGCGUUUUUACUUGGGUCACGAUGACGAUAUUCUCUGUCUGGCUAUUCAUCCUUUGAAAGACUAUGUGGCAACAGGCCAGGUAGGGAGGGAUCCCUCAAUUCACAUAUGGGAUACAGAGACCAUUAAACCUUUGUCAAUAUUAAAGGGCUACCACCAAUAUGGUGUCUGUGCUGUUGAUUUCUCAGCUGAUGGGAAACGUUUGGCUUCCGCUGGAAUAGAUGAUAGCCACACUAUCGUGCUUUGGGACUGGAGGAAAGGAGAGAAACUUUCAAUGGCAAGAGGAAGUAAAGAUAAGAUUUUUGUUGUAAAGAUGAACCCCUAUGUGCCUGAUAAACUAAUUACAGCUGGAAUUAAACACAUGAAAUUCUGGCGUAGAGCAGGGGGAGGAUUAAUUGGAAGAAAAGGCUACAUAGGCACACUGGGGAAAAAUGACACAAUGAUGUGUGCAGUGUAUGGAUGGACUGAAGAGAUGACUUUUUCUGGAACAUCCACAGGAGAUGUGUGUAUCUGGAGAGAUGUCUUUCUUGUAAAAACAGUUAAAGCACAUGAUGGGCCAGUGUUCAGUAUGCACGCACUGGAAAAAGGAUUUGUAACUGGAGGAAAAGAUGGCAUAGUAGCUCUUUGGGAUGACUCCUUUGAAAGAUGUCUCAAGACCUAUGCUAUAAAAAGAGCUGCUUUGGCCCCAGGAUCUAAAGGGACAUAUGGAAGGAGAGGUGUGGGGUUUGGCUACACAUCCUUAUCUACCCAUUUGUGCUACUGUAAGUGAUGAUAAAACCUUACGGAUAUGGGAUCUCUCACCUAGUCAUUGUAUGUUGGCUGUCCGGAAACUAAAAAAGGGUGGGAGGUGUUGCUGUUUUUCUCCUGAUGGAAAAGCUUUAGCUGUAGGUCUCAAUGAUGGAAGUUUCUUAAUGGCAAAUGCAGAUACUCUAGAGGACCUUGUAUCUUUUCAUCACAGAAAGGAUAUUAUUUCUGAUAUUCAAUUUUCACCUGGUUCUGGGAAAUAUCUGGCUGUGGCCUCCCAUGACAGCUUUAUAGAUAUAUACAACGUAAUGAAUAGUAAGCGGGUAGGAAUAUGUAAAGGCGCGACCAGUUACAUAACGCAUAUUGAUUGGGAUAUUAGAGGAAAGCUUUUACAGGUCAACACUGGUGCUAAAGAACAGUUAUUCUUUGAAGCUCCUAGAGGGAGAAGACAAACCAUCCCCAGUGUGGAGGUGGAAAAAAUUAGUUGGGCAUCAUGGACCAGUGUGCUUGGUGUAUGCUGUGAGGGAAUUUGGCCAGUCACUGGAGAAGUCACAGAUGUAACUGCCUCUUGCCUCACCAGUGACAAAAUGGUCCUAGCUACAGGAGAUGAUUUGGGAUUUGUGAAGUUAUUUAGAUACCCUGCUAAAGGAAAAUUUGGAAAAUUUAAGAGGUAUGUGGCCCAUAGUACACAUGUCACCAAUGUUCGCUGGACUUAUGACGACAGCAUGUUGGUUACCCUGGGAGGUGCAGAUAUGUCUUUAAUGGUAUGGACGAAUGAAAUAGAGAGCUAUCGAGAGAAAAGGACUUGUGAAAGCGAAGAAUCUGAUACAGAUUCUGAAGAAGAUGGAGGGUAUGACAGUGAUGUUACCAGGGAGAAUGAAAUCAGCUACACCAUCAGAGCCUUAUCAACAAAUAUUCGCCCGAUGUUUGGAAUCAAGCCUCAUUUGCAACAGAAAGAACCCUCAGUUGAUGAGAGGCAAGGAGUAGUAAGAGGUUCCAGGCCGCCAGUGAGCAGAGCCCCACCACAGCCCGAGAAACUUCAAACAAACAAUGUUGGCAAGAAGAAGAGACCCAUAGAGGACCUUGUGUUGGAACUUGUUUUUGGUUAUCGAGGCAGAGACUGCAGGAAUAAUGUACACUAUUUAAAUGAUGGUGAUGAUAUAAUUUAUCACACUGCAUCCGUUGGAAUUCUUCACAAUGUUGCUACAGGGACUCAGAGCUUUUAUCAGGAACACAAUGAUGAUAUUCUGUGCCUCACUGUAAAUCAGCACCCCAAAUUUAUCAACAUAGUGGCAACUGGCCAAGUAGGUGAUUCAGCAGACAUGUCAGCCACAGCCCCUUCUAUCCACAUCUGGGAUGCAGUGAACAAGCAGACUUUAUCCAUCCUAAGAUGCUACCAUUCCAAGGGGGUGUGCUCCGUGAGCUUCAGUGCCACGGGCAAACUGCUGCUGUCUGUGGGACUUGACCCAGAGCACACUGUUACCAUCUGGAGAUGGCAGGAAGGUGCCAAAAUUGCCAGCAGAGCCGGACACAACCAGCGUAUUUUUGUAGCGGAAUUCCGACCAGAUUCAGACACCCAGUUUGUCUCUGUGGGAGUGAAACAUGUAAAGUUCUGGACGCUGGCAGGAAGGGCUCUUCUUAGCAGAAAAGGGCUACUGAGCACACUGGAAGAUGCCCGGAUGCAGACCAUGCUCGCCGUCGCUUUUGGUGCAAAUAACUUGACGUUUACAGGUACCAUCAGUGGUGACAUCUGUGUGUGGAAAGAGCACGUACUGUGUAGAGUUGUGGCCAGGGCUCACAACGGGCCGGUGUUUGCCAUGUACACCACGCUGCGAGAUGGCCUCAUUGUGACUGGCGGCAAGGAAAGGCCGUCAAAGGAAGGAGGAGCAGUUAAACUGUGGGAUCAGGAGCUGAGGCGAUGCCGGGCCUUCAGGCUCGAGACAGGCCAAGUCACAGAUUGUGUCCGUUCUGUGUGCAGAGGCAAAGGCAAGAUUCUAGUUGGGACAAGGAAUGCUGAAAUAAUUGAAGUUGGAGAGAAAAAUGCAGUGUGUAAUAUUCUGGUUAGUGGUCACGUGGACGGCCCAAUCUGGGGGCUAGCAACACACCCUUCCAGGGAUUUUUUCCUUUCUGCUGCAGAAGAUGGGACAGUGAGACUGUGGGAUGUCGCUGAUAAAAAGAUGUUAAACAAAGUGAAUUUGGGACAUGCUGCUCGUACCGUGUGCUAUAGCCCUGAAGGGGACAUGGUGGCUAUUGGAAUGAAAAAUGGAGAAUUUAUUAUUUUACUGGUGAGCUCUCUAAAAAUAUGGGGAAAGAAGAGAGAUAGACGAUGUGCAAUCCAUGACAUCAGAUUUAGUCCAGACUCCCGGUACCUGGCAGUGGGUUCUAGUGAGAACUCAGUCGACUUUUAUGACCUGAUGCUGGGCCCCACCCUUAACAGAAUCAGCUACUGCAAAGACAUCCCAAGCUUCGUCGUUCAGAUGGACUUCUCCGCAGAUAGCAGGUACCUCCAGGUCUCCAGUGGCUGCUAUAAACGGCAUGUUUAUGAAGUGCCUUCUGGAAAACAUCUUCUGGAUCAUGCUGCCAUUGACAGGAUUACUUGGGCUUCAUGGACUAGUAUUUUAGGGGACGAAGUUGUGGGAAUCUGGUCCAGACACGCUGAGAAAGCCGAUGUCAACUGUGCCUGUGUAUCCCAUUCAGGAAUCAGCCUUGUAACAGGAGAUGACUUCGGCAUGGUUAAAUUAUUUGACUUUCCAUGUCCAGAAAAAUUUGCAAAGCAUAAGCGGUUCUUUGGUCACUCACCCCACGUGACAAACGUCCGAUUUACCAGUGGUGAUCGACAUGUUGUUAGUGCUGGAGGUGAUGACUGCAGUUUAUUUGUCUGGAAAUGUGUACAUAUGCCUCACUAAAAGAUAUGAAUGCUCAGAAGGCCACAUAAUUAAGAGCAUUGAGAGACCAGAGUAACAGAGGAGGAAAAAAAACCAAAACCAAACUCUGCAUGGACAAGUGGUGCUAACUGAAGACUGUAACAGGGAGAAAUGCCCAGGACGAUCAGAACAGACUUAUCAGUUCAAACUGUCUGCUGUAUGCAUUACCUACCCAUAACCCACACACUGCCAGCUAAUCACAUUGCAAGGAAGGACUGAGUGCGUAACAGUAAAGCCCCUUUACUGAGUACGUGAGACUUCGGCAGAUCUGGGGAGAAUGAAGGUUUGGCACUGCUCCAAAAGCCUCCCAAAAAAAACUCCAAUUGGAGGGCUAGGGAUGGAACUCGGUGGUAGAGUGCUUGCCUAACAUUUGAAGCCCUGAGAUCCAACCUAGCACUACCAAAAACAAAUGUUUUUUAAAAGCGCCAACUUGGAAAAUUUAGCAAAACUAUUUCUUCUUAGCAGUUUUAUUUUUAAAGUUCACCAUCCAAUGAAAUACUUUAUCCUUGCAUUUCUAUUAGGAAAGGAAA